UUCACUUAUUAUCUCUCUCUCUCUCUCUCUCUCUAGAUUUUGAGCUGAAAACGAAACCAGCAGCAACAAGCAAGAGAUCUCCGCAGAGCCUGCAAUGGAAGUAAGGAAUUCUCUGAAACACAACUUCUAGGGUUUCCUCAAAUUCCACCGACCUAGUUUUCGUAGCUGUAUACACAAAGCUUGCCAUUUUCGUUGAUAUUUAAAUCAACCCUUUGUUCUUAUUUAUUUAUUUAUUUUUUACUAUAUUUUAUACGAAACAAAUAAUCAGCAUGGAGCUUAAAGAUGCAAACUUUGUGCACCCGCUUUGUUGCUCUGGAUUGGUGCGGAAUUUCGCUUUCGUUGGUGAAAUCGUUUGCUUAAUUUCGUCGAAACUUCGUGUUUUUGGAAGUUGGUGUGACUUGUUUUGUUGUUUGGUUGGUGAUUUUCCCGGAAAGUGAAAGGGAAAUGUGGGUAGGAAUUUGAGUGAGGAGUGAGGAGUGAGGAGUGAGGAAAAGGAAAAAUACCUCAAUUUUGAGGUGGAAAACGCUGCUAAAAUGACGGAAGGGCGGAGGAGGAGAGGGAUACAUUUUAGCAAACUGUAUUCGUUUUCGUGUAUUCGAUCUCCUUUCGUUGAUAGUCAUCCCCAAAUCGGGGAAAGAGGGUACUCGAGGGUGGUGCAUUGUAAUGAGCCGGAUAGUCCGGAGGCGCUUCAGUUGAGAUACGGGGGAAAUUAUGUUUCGACUACCAAGUAUACGGCAGCGAAUUUCAUUCCCAAGUCUUUGUUUGAGCAGUUUAGGAGGGUUGCCAAUAUAUAUUUUCUUGUUGUAGCUUGUGUCUCGUUUAGUCCGUUGGCACCUUUUAAGGCUGUUAGUGUUCUUGCACCGUUGUUAGUGGUGAUUGGAGCUACUAUGGCUAAGGAAGCUGUUGAAGAUUGGCGGCGAAGAAAACAGGACAUUGAGGCGAACAAUCGAAAGGUUAGAGUUUAUGGUAGGAAUUAUGCAUUCUAUGAGACCAGAUGGAAGAAACUCCGGGUUGGUGAUAUUGUGAAGGUCCACAAGGAUGAGUACUUUCCUGCUGAUCUUCUGUUACUUUCGUCAAGCUAUGAGGACGGAAUUUGCUAUGUUGAAACUAUGAACCUUGACGGAGAAACUAAUUUGAAAUUGAAGCAUGCAUUGGAGGUGACAUCUCAUCUUCAGGAUGAAAAAUCCUUGGAAAGCUUUAAAGCGGUGAUCAAGUGUGAGGACCCAAAUGAAAAUCUGUAUUCAUUUGUUGGGACUUUGUUCUAUGAUGGAAAGCCUUACCCGCUUUCCUUACAACAGAUGCUCUUAAGAGACUCUAAGCUGAAAAACACUGAAUAUGUCUAUGGUGUUGUUGUCUUUACUGGUCACGACACAAAAGUGAUGCAGAAUGCGACAGAUCCUCCUUCAAAGAGAAGCAAAAUCGAGAGGAAAAUGGAUAAGAUAAUCUACAUUCUUUUCAGUACUCUUGUUGUGAUAGCCUUUACUGGAUCUGUCUUUUUUGGAAUCAACACUAGACGAGAUAUAAGCGGUGGAAAAAUGAGAAGGUGGUAUCUUCGUCCAGAUCAUACAACUGUAUUUUAUGACCCCAAAAGAGCAGCACUUGCGGCUUUUUUCCAUUUCUUGACUGCCCUUAUGUUGUAUGGAUAUUUAAUACCAAUAUCUUUAUAUGUGUCGAUUGAGAUUGUGAAGGUAUUACAGAGUAUAUUCAUUAACCAAGAUCGGGAAAUGUAUUACGAGGAAAUGGAUAGGCCAGCUCAUGCACGCACAUCUAAUCUGAAUGAGGAACUUGGUCAGGUUGAUAUGAUACUUUCUGACAAAACAGGCACACUGACAUGUAAUUCCAUGGAGUUCAUUAAAUGUUCGAUAGCAGGCACUGCGUAUGGCCAUGGUAUAACAGAAGUGGAGAGGGCACUGGCAAACAGAAGGGACGGAGUUGAUACACUGCAUGAAACUGGUAAUGUAUCAUCUGAUGUUUUAGAUAGUGCUAGUUAUAAUGUUGACUCUGGAAAGUCAAUAAAGGGUUUCAACUUUAGAGACGAGCGCAUCAUGAAUGGGCAGUGGGUCAAUGAAGCUCAUUCAGAUAUCAUACAGAAGUUUUUUCGGGUUUUAGCAAUCUGUCAUACAGCCAUUCCAGUCGUUGAUAAAGCAUCAGGAGAAAUAACCUACGAAGCAGAGUCACCAGAUGAAGCAGCUUUUGUCAUAGCUGCCAGGGAGCUUGGGUUUGAGUUUUUCGAAAGGACACAAACAAGCAUAUCAUUGCAUGAGUUGGAUUUUGAAAGUGGGAGGAAGGUUGAUAGGGAAUACGAGCUUCUUCACGUCUUGGAGUUCAGCAGUUCUCGCAAAAGGAUGUCAGUAAUUGUAAGGAGUCCAGAAAAUAAAUUAUUGCUCCUUUGCAAGGGUGCAGACAGUGCGAUUCUGGAAAGGCUUGCAAAAGAUGGGCGGCAGUUUGAGGAUCAGACCAAGGAGCACAUUCAUAAAUAUGCUGAAGCAGGUUUACGAACCUUGGUGAUUGCAUACCGCGAGCUUGGUGUAGAAGAAUUUGAAAUAUGGGCGAAGGAGUUUGUGAAGGCUAAAGCUUCUGUAACUGAAGAUAGAGAUGUACUGGUGGACGGAGUUGCUGAUAAGAUUGAAAGGGACUUAUUUCUGCUUGGUGUGACAGCUGUUGAAGACAAACUGCAAAAGGGGGUGCCUGAAUGUAUCAAUAAGCUUGCCCAAGCUGGGAUUAAGAUAUGGGUAUUGACGGGGGAUAAGAUGGAAACUGCAGUUAACAUUGGGUAUGCUUGCAGUUUACUUAGACAAGAUAUGAAACGGAUUGUCAUCAGUCUCGAUUCACUAGACAUAAAAGCCUUGGAGAAACAAGGGGAUAAAGAGGCAGUUGAGCAGGCUUCUCUUGCAAGCAUAAGGGAGCAAAUUAGAGAAGGAAUUUUUCAAAUUGAUGAAGCUAAACAAAGUCCGAAUCAAGCUAAAUCGUUCGGCUUGGUAAUUGAUGGGAAGUCCUUGGAAUUUUGUCUCAAGAAGGAUGUCAAAAAUUCGUUUUUUGAUCUUGCAAUUACUUGUGCUUCUGUUAUAUGCUGCCGCUCUACGCCCAAACAGAAAGCUCUUGUUACGAGAUUGGUAAAACUCGGAACAGGUAAAAUAACACUCUCUGUUGGUGACGGUGCAAAUGAUGUUGGCAUGCUUCAAGAAGCUGAUAUUGGAGUUGGCAUUAGUGGUGUUGAAGGGAUGCAGGCGGUGAUGGCAAGUGAUUUUGCAAUUGCUCAGUUCCGUUUUCUGGAGCGUCUCUUGCUUGUACAUGGGCACUGGUGCUAUAGGCGCAUAUCAAUGAUGAUAUGCUACUUCUUCUACAAGAACAUUACAUUUGGGUUUACUCUGUUUUGGUUUGAGGCCCAUGCUUCUUUCUCCGGUCAGCCUGCUUACAACGACUGGUACAUGUCAUUCUACAAUGUCUUCUUCACAUCACUCCCUGUAAUUGCUCUUGGCGUCUUCGAUCAGGAUGUUUCUGCGCGGUUAUGCCUCAAGUAUCCUUCCUUGUAUCUGGAGGGAGUAGAGAAUAUCCUCUUCAGCUGGCCACGAAUACUCGGUUGGAUGGUUAAUGGCGUUUUGAGCUCCAUAAUUAUCUUCUUCUUCACCACCAAUUCCAUGAUUGGCCAAGCUCUCCGAAAAGACGGUAAAGUAGUUGACUAUGAAGUCCUAGGGGUCACAAUGUACUCUUGCGUAGUUUGGGUCGUAAAUUGCCAAAUGGCACUCUCCAUCAACUACUUCACCUGGAUCCAGCACUUCUUCAUCUGGGGCAGUAUCGCCUUCUGGUAUAUAUUCUUAGUGAUAUACGGCUCUGUCUCACCAAGCGUAUCCACAACAGCACACAGAGUUCUCGUCGAAGCCUGUGCUCCCAGUCCUCUGUUUUGGGUGGUCACCCUUCUCGUUACUAUCUGCACUUUGCUGCCGUAUUUCUCAUACAGGGCUUUCCAGACACGGUUCAAACCAAUGCGUCACGAUGUAAUACAACAGGAACGAUUAAAUGGCUCAGACAACGAGACUUCCGGUGAAUUGCCUCUGAGAUUCAGUAGCAAACUGCAGCACCUGAAGCAGAGAUUGAGGGAAAGAAGGUCGUGAACCGCGGUCCCGGGAUCGAACUUUGUGUAUGUAAUCAGUGGAUAGUUUGGUUUUGUGAAUAUGUUUGACAGUUUGAGAGAGGUAUUCUUAAGAAAAGUCAAGUAGGGCAAAUGGCCAAUUAGUGUGUUGUAGAUUAAGGGCUUUGUAGGUUUUUACCAUGUAAAGCUGAUAUAUAUCAUCAAAUUAUCAAACAAAAAGGGAAACCCCAGUGUGGCAAAAGCUUAAAGCGAGUGGAAUCAAAAUUAAGAGUUGGUUUA